GACGUCGUUUGCUUCGUGGGUCGGGUCGUGUCUUUAAAAAAUUCUGGGUCGGGUCGGGUCACGAAAUAACCCGACUGGAGUGAAGAGCGGGUCACAACAAUUUCGUAAAUACGGGAGAGAGAGAGAGAGGAGAGGGAGAACAGAAAUGUCUUUGGUAGACUACGCUUCAUCGGACGACGACGUGCCGGCGGCGGCGGAGGAGGAGCAGAAUCCGGAGCAACCGGAAAACCACCGCGUGGAGGAGCCUCAGUUCCCGAAGCACGAACCUCAGCCUCAACCUCCUCCUCUCAACCAGCCCAUUCUUAAACCGAAUCAGCCAUUGGAAACUAAUGGGGACUCUUCUGUGUUUUCGGUUGAGCUUCCUGAUGCUUCCCUACUAUUGAAUUCUCCUACUUCUUCUAGUCUUUUUGGUGGUAGCGAUCACUCUUCACGAGUGGCUGCAGCUAUGGCUGCCAAUGCAUCUCGCAAGAGAGAAACAAAUGUUUCAGCAUCUGCUCUUCCCCGGAGUAAAGUUCCAAGAUCGACUUUGCCUCACUCAAAGAAUGUUCCAGAUACUUUAGGUCGAUCGUUGGUUCCACCUCAGCUUACCGGAAGGAGUAACAUUGUCACUGAAGAUAUAAGCAAGCUGUUUGUGAAGAAGUCCGCCAAACCCUCAUAGGGGGUUUCUGGAAUUUUGUUUCAUUGGGGUAACGGUUGUUGUCCCGUUCAUUAAUAGAUCGUAGCAGAACGUUCAGAUUGGUCUAAUGCACUUGUACAAUGUGAAGAAUAGUGUACUCAUAUUACUAGAAAAAAUAUAUAUAUGAAAGAAGAGUGAGAGAUGGCCGAAGUUCUGUGCUUGUCUCUUUAAUUGUUUCUCAGUGACAGCAAUUAUUUGUGAUUUAUGUGCGGUAGAUGACUUUUUCCCCUCGAAUCGAUGCAUAGGUUUGUACA